UUACGCGCCGACGUCUGGCUGCCACGACUUGCCGUCUGCGGCGGCGGCGGCGGCGGCGGCGAGCGGAUCCCGCAGGGGAAGGAGGAGGAGGAGGGAGAGCCAAGGGGGCUGUGAGUGAGCGGGAGAAGCAGGGUGUGAGCCGGACUUGCCCGCGGGAGGGAGAACGAGCGAGAGCCGAGCCAGCCAUCCGAGCCGCCGCCUCCUCCUCCUCCCUUCGGCGUCCCGCCCCCGCCUGCCAGCCCGCCCUCCUUCCUUCUCAGCCCGCAGAGCCCGAGUGAGGCGCAGCUCGGCUCGCGCCGCUGUCCAGGACAGGUGUGCGCGCGCGCGCCCUCCUCCCCUCCCCCCUUCCUCGCGCCUGCCUAGCGCCUGCCUCGCGCGCACCCUCCCUCCCUCCAGACUGCGCCCUCCCUCACCUGCGGCAGGACAGCGCCCGCCCGCCCGCCCGGAUCUCGCGAGAGUGGCUGACUGGCUGUGGGGGUUGCGGCGGCAGCAGGCGGAGCCGGGGAGGGAAAGCAGCGGCGGCUGAGGCGACUGAGGCGGCGGGCGGAGCGGCAGGCGGCGGCGGCGGCGCGGCGGCGGAGCGCAGCAUCAUGGCGGACCGAGACAGCGGCAGCGAGCAGGGUGGUGCGGCGCUGGGCUCGGGCGGCUCCCUGGGGCACCCGGGCUCGGGCUCGGGCUCCGGCGGGGGCGGUGGUGGCGGCGGGGGCGGCGGCGGCAGUGGCGGCGGCGGCGGCGGCGGGGCCCCGGGGGGGCUGCAGCACGAGACGCAGGAGCUGGCCUCCAAGCGGGUGGACAUCCAGAACAAGCGCUUCUACCUGGACGUGAAGCAGAACGCCAAGGGCCGCUUCCUGAAGAUCGCAGAGGUGGGCGCGGGCGGCAACAAGAGCCGCCUCACUCUCUCCAUGUCAGUGGCCGUGGAGUUCCGCGACUACCUGGGAGACUUCAUCGAGCACUACGCGCAGCUGGGCCCCAGCCAGCCGCCCGACCUGGCCCAGGCGCAGGACGAGCCGCGCCGGGCACUCAAGAGCGAGUUCCUGGUGCGCGAGAAUCGCAAGUACUACAUGGAUCUCAAGGAGAACCAGCGCGGCCGCUUCCUGCGCAUCCGCCAGACGGUCAACCGGGGGCCCGGCCUGGGCUCCACGCAGGGCCAGACCAUUGCGCUGCCCGCGCAGGGGCUCAUCGAGUUCCGUGACGCUCUGGCCAAGCUCAUCGACGACUAUGGAGUGGAGGAGGAGCCGGCUGAGCUGCCCGAGGGCACCUCCUUGACUGUGGACAACAAGCGCUUCUUCUUCGAUGUGGGCUCAAACAAGUACGGCGUGUUUAUGCGAGUGAGUGAGGUGAAGCCCACCUACCGCAACUCCAUCACCGUGCCCUACAAGGUGUGGGCCAAGUUUGGACACACCUUCUGCAAGUACUCGGAGGAGAUGAAGAAGAUUCAGGAGAAGCAGAGGGAGAAGCGGGCUGCCUGUGAGCAGCUCCACCAGCAGCAGCAGCAGCAGCAGGAGGAGACCGCCGCUGCCACUCUGCUACUGCAGGGUGAAGAAGAAGGGGAAGAAGAUUGAUCAAACUGAAUGGAAAAAAAACCCACACACACGCACACACACACACACACACACAGCCACACACAGAGAAAAUAUACUGUAAAGAAAGAGAGAAAAUAAAAAUUUAAAAAGUAAAAAAAAAAAAAAAGAAAAAAAAAAGAAAUAACUGUUAACUCCAAGGGAGCACCACCCACAGAACCUCCACCAACUGACAGUUUCUCUUCUUGACUUGCCACCCAUCGCUGGAUGUUGUCCACUUUAUCCACCAUAUAAAACA